AUGCCUACAAAGCGAGAGGUUCUGAGGACAUUGAUGGCGGUGUACGAUCCCAUGGGACUCAUAUCGAACUUCUUAGUCUACUUGAAAAUACUGCUGCAGGAAAUUUGGAGAUGUGGUUGCGGCUGGGACGACGAGAUUAUGGGAAAGCUAUCGGAAAAGUGGAUGACAUGGAUUGAAGCGUUACCAAAUGUUUGUCAAGUUAGGGUUCCUCGCUGCUACCGAAUCAAAACGUCCUCUAAAUCGAGCACUAACAUCGAGCUGCAUAUAUUUUGCGAUGCCAGUGAGAAUGGGAUGGCUGCCGUGGCAUAUUUUAGAUUUGAGGAAGCGGGAAACGUGGAAUGUGCCUUGAUCGGGUCAAAAACGCGGGUGGCUCCGUUGAAGUUCCUUUCGAUUCCUCGUCUUGAACUGCAAGCCGCAGUUAUCGGAGCUCGACUUGCCGAGUGUAUUGGUAAAUCACACCGAAUGAAAAUCGCUCGCCGUGUUUUUUGGACCGACUCCCGCGACGUAGUAUGCUGGCUACGAUCGGAUCAUCGACGAUACAGCCAGUUUGUGGCGUUCAGAAUUAGCGAGCUGCUCGAUACAACACAAGUCAGUGAAUGGAGAUGGCUGCCAACACGAAAGAACGUGGCGGAUGAAGGUACAAAAUGGCAAAGAUUACCCGACUUCCACCCAAGCAGCCGUUGGUUCCGUGGCCCGGAUUUCUUGUGGGGGCCUGAAAAGGAGUGGCCGACCACCAGCGGAGAUCAAGGUACAACCGUGGAAGAGAUUCGUCCCAGUAUUCUUCAUCACACGGUCACCGAUUCACCUGUGAGAUUUGAACGAUUUUCAAGGUGGAAACGGCUUCUGAGAGCGGUUGGGUACGCACAUCGUUUCAUUGCGAAUCUUCGUAAGCGCACUAAAAGGAUCUCGCUAGAACUAGGCGCGUUAACGCAGGAAGAGCUGAAACUCGCAGAGAAUACCAUCUAUCGAUUGGUUCAACGGCAGGCUUAUCCGGACGAAUUUCAAGUGCUCCGAGACAAAAACCCGAACGCAUCUCCAUGGAACCCAAGUCUCCCAAAAACCAGCCCGUUGUACAAACUGAGCCCGAUAAUCGACGCGCACGGCGUUUUACGGAUGCGAGGACGUAUCGACGCUUGUGAAUGGGUAGACGAAGCUACCAAGAACCCGGUCAUACUACCAAGGCAGAGCUACGUGACCCGUUUAAUACUCGCCGAUUACCAUGCGACGUAUCGUCAUCAGAAUCACCACACAGCGUUAAACCAGAUUCGACUAAAGUACAACAUCCCUCGUAUCCGCUCUGAGUUCAACCGAGUCCGAAGGAACUGUCAACAUUGUAAGGUUCGACAAUCCGGUCCAAAACCUCCAGCGAUGGGAAACCUCCCGCCUGCCCGAUUGGCAGCGUUCCAGCUACCGUUUUCGUAUACCGGAAUCGAUUAUUUUGGACCAAUGUCGGUGUUAGUUUCCAGACGUACUGAGAAAAGAUGGGGGGUCCUGUUCACCUGCAUGACAACCAGAGCCGUGCAUAUCGAAAUCGCAUAUUCGUUAACAACGGAUUCGUGCAUCUUAGCACUACGUAAUUUUAUCGCCAGAAGAGGCCCGCCAUUGGAGAUCAUAAGUGACCGUGGGACCAACUUCAUUGGAGCCUCCCGCGAGUUGCGCGAAGCCUUGAAAGGAUUUGAUGACGAAAAGCUAAAACUGGAAUUCGUCGGUCCAGAUACGAAAUGGACAUUCAACCCCCCGUCUGCUCCACAUUUCGGCGGUUGCUGGGAACGGCUAAUACAAUCCGUCAAGAAGAUCCUCAACGGUUUUAACCCCCCGCGCUUGCCCUCCGAUGAAAUCUUGCGCUCCAUGCUAAUGGAGAUUGAAAUGAUAAUAAAUUCGCGACCGCUCACUGACAUACCGCUCGAUAACGAUACUGAACCCCCCCUAACACCGAACCAUUUUCUGUUAGGGUCGUCUAAUGGGAGAAAGCCCCCGAUCAGUUUCGACGAUAGACCCGUUGUUCUCAAGCGAUCAUGGACGAUGGCCCAGCUGUACGCGGACAUCUUUUGGAAGAAGUGGCUGAAUGAGUACCUACCUACCUUGACCCGGAAGACGAAGUGGUUCCAGCCCGUAAAACCCAUCGAGAAGGGUGAUCUUGUGCUGAUCGUCGACUGCAAUCUCCCUAGGAACUACUGGCCACGAGGCCGUGUAGUGAACGCCGUCCUGGCUAAAGAUGGACAGGUUCGCCGAGUAACCGUGCAGACAGCGAGAGGACUCCUGGAGAGACCAGCGACCAAGGUUGCGGUACUGGACGUCGGUGCAACGGAAGACCACAUAGAGCCACCGGGUCUGGCGGUUACCCAAACGGCUGCUGUUGUUUCUGGGCUGCCCCAAAACUUUGGCCAGAGGAAACCAGCACGCUUGCGCUACCGUGUGAUCACGGUGCAAAGUAGACCCAUGGAGCGGGGGGAUCCGAAUCAUUACCGAAGUGCCGAGAAAAAUAUUGAGAUCCAUUAG